UGAAAGUGGGGCUAUCAGUUGUUGUUGCGUCCGCAUAUCGCGCGAUUGUGAUUAUUGUGAUUAGUUAAUGAGUAGCGUAUGUAAUAGGCAAGCCACAAGGUGAAAGUUCACAAGUAGCUAGAAAUGUCCGCAAAGGUAGCAGCCAAAUCGAACAAAUCGCCUCCUGCGGCUCCAUCAAAAUCCAAAGAGUCGUCAGCUUUGGUCAAAGCUUAUCUCUUUGGCUAUAAUGCUGUGCAGGUGGGCGGCUGGAGCUACAUCCUUUAUCAGCUGGUCAACUACUAUGUGCUGCAGGGUCCCGAGUUUCGGGCACAGAUUACGCUGUGGGAUUACACGCGAAUCGCAGUCAUCAUAUUCCAGAAUGCCGCCUUUGUGGAGAUUUUAAAUGCAGUCUUUGGGCUGGUUAAAUCGAAUCCUGUGGUCACCACCUUCCAGGUGUUUAGCCGCAUGAUGGUCGUCGUUGGCGUGGUGAUGGCCACGCCCGCGGGCAAAGUGUCACCUGGUCUGCCUAUUGCCCUGUUCGCCUGGGCGGUCACCGAAAUCAUUCGUUAUGGAUUCUAUGCCCUGAACAUCAUUAAGGUGGUGCCACAAUUUGUGGUUUUCCUGCGCUACACCACCUUCAUAGCUCUGUACCCGAUUGGGGUGACGGGUGAACUGCUGUGCUUCUGGUGGGCACAGCAAUAUGCCAAGGAGCACAGCAUCUGGAGCGUUGUGAUGCCCAACAAAUGGAAUGCCACCUUCUCCUACUAUGCCCUCCUCUGGAUCGUCAUGCUGGGCUACAUUCCCAUCUUCCCGCAGCUCUACAUGCACAUGUUUACGCUGCGUCGCAAGAUCUUGGGAGGCGGCAGCAAAAAGAAGGGAAACUGAACUUUGACCCGCAGCAGCAACAGCAAUGCAAAAUAAAAUGCCAGUUUGCAUUUCGCACUUUGGAGUGGAAACUUAUUCGAUUGUCCACCAUUCACCUUUACUUGACAUUUAGCUUAAGCUAAUACUUUUAGUUGGUUUCUGUGUACAAAAUAAAAUUAAUCCAAUCACUUAACAUUU